AUGCCAAAGUGGACUGUUCUCGAUGCUAUCAGUGCUACUGCUAGUUCAUGGAAAAAAGUUACUUCCGAAAACAUUGCAAAAUGUUUCGAAAAAGCGUGGACACGGUCUGAUGAAGCAGCUCAAACAGUCGCAGACGAUGAAAUGGUUCCUGUAACUGCUGAAUGGGAAACUUUGCAAUCGUUAACGAACAUCUCAGUUGAGUUCAACGAGUACGUCGGUGUCGAUGACGAUCUGGCCACGGUUUUGAAUGAAGAUUUGACUACGGGCCUGAUGCAAGACCAGGGAUCAGGAGUAUCCCAGACCAACACGACUCCGGCUUUUAAUCUAAAUGAUCUGAAUGAUUUAGGGUUCAUAUCAGAAUCUUUCAACAGACGAAUACAGUCUAUCCUUGUUAAAUCGGAAAAUAGGUAA